CAUUUAUCUCGCUGGAUGGAAUGCGUGUUAUCUCUAGGUGUAUAAUCCAUUUGCUCUCGCGCAGGAGGAACUCUGCGUUGUGAUUGGCUGGCGCUUCUAGUUAAUGGCACGCGACUGUGGAUGUAGUUAUAAGAGUCCUCGCGUGCCAGCCUUCCGCUGAAGCAACUCUUAAGCACCCAGAGACAGUGCAAGGAGCAGGCAACUGCUGUUACUGGGCAACAGGACAUCAGGUUAAAAAAAAUGGACACAGUGUUAGAUGAGUUGACGGGGUUGGACUCCUUCUCCUCCCCUUAUUUUGACGAGGAGGAUUUCUUCACCGAUCAGUCCUCCAGAGAUCACUUGGACACAGACGAGUUUCUGGACGAGGACGUUGACUUUCUUACAACUCAGAUUCAAGAAUACUACAAGGACAGCAGAAUAGUGCACGAUGGGGAGUACUGCGAUGCUGGCAACUUUUCUUUCUCGUCCUCCUCGUCCACCUUCUCCUUCGGCUGCGCUGACAGCACUUCAGAAGUAUCCCCCCAGCUCAAAGGAGAGGGCCCGCUGAUGAAAAGGCGAAGGCGGAUGAGAUCAGAAGCCGACAUGCAACAUUUGAGGCAUGCUGCCAAUGUCAGAGAGCGUCGGAGAAUGCAGUCUAUAAACGAUGCAUUUGAGGGACUCCGGUCUCAUAUCCCUACACUGCCUUACGAGAAGAGACUCUCUAAAGUUGACACUCUGCGUCUCGCCAUAGGCUACAUUAACUUCCUCGCAGAACUGGUGCAGUCCGACAUGCCUAUAAGAAACCCUAACAGCGACACUUCUAAUCAAAUUAAGAAAGUUAUUAUCUGCAACAGAGGAACAAGAUCACCAUCUCCAAGUGAUCCCGACUAUGGGCUUCCUCCUCUUGCAGGACACUCUCUCUCCUGGACUGAUGAGAAACAGUUGAAAGAACAAAACAUCAUUAGAACAGCAAAAGUGUGGACCCCUGAAGACCCCCGAAAGUUAAAUACCAAGACAUCUUUAAACAACAUCGAGAAUGAGCCCCCUUUUGAUUUCAUAUCAUAAGAACUCUCAUACUCACUUGGACUUUUUAAAAUGACGUUGUACAUACUGAAUGUGAAAUGUAAAAUAUAUACAUAUAUUGUAAAUUCAGCUAUCCAAUCUAUGUUAUUAAUGGCAAUCAACUUAUUUAUUGUAUUUAUGAAAUAGAAUUAAUGAACUAGAAUCACCAGGUCUGAAAGUCUUUGUAUUUAAUUCUGUAUUAUUUAUUUGAACCUAAUAUAUGAUUACCUAAUUUAAUCUAAAAAGAGAAUUUGUGAACAUGUUAAAUAUAAAUAUAUAUAUAUUAGAAAGCACUCUAAAUAUUGUGAAUUAAUUUAUUAUAAUAUAUGAAUUUCGUGUAUUUUUGAAAAUAAAACACGAGAACUCUA